AAAGUCAUAGUGUAUAUUUUCAAUUGAAACUAUAAAUCAAUAUCAUAAGAUAUUAUAUAACAUGAAAGUAUAUUUUUUGAAUAACGAAGUGGAAAUCUUUAGAUUGAGGAUACAGGUAAAAUAUAAGAUGAUAGAAGAUAGGCCACAUCUGACCUUAAUCCAUCAGUCAAAAGCUAACGAAAUUCGAUAUUCGACAGUCGAAAGCAAAAUUAUUCUUUUCGUUUAUCAUAUAUUCAAAUCACAAUGCACCCAAUAAAAAACCUAUUGUUAUAAAGCAUCGUUGCAAAAUGAAUUCCAUAAACAUUUAUGAACCUUGUUUUUACUAGAUCUGGGCUUUAGAUAAACUUGCAUUCUUGAAUAGUUAGGUUGGGUUUUGAAGGUCCAACACUAAUUAUUUUAGGUCAAAACUGUUACGUUCUCUGCUUAGAAACGCAUGCAUUUGAUUUACGACGUUUUCGCAUUAUACAUCUAUUAAUCAUUGAUACAUUCAGGAUCGUUGUAAAUUUAAUAAUUCAAUCAGCGUAAAUUAAUAGAAUAUAGUUAUACAUCUGUAUUUGUAAUUAUUACAUUUUACAUCUUAAUUACGCCGAAAAUGUGCAUAUGCAAAAUAUAGGUUACACAGUGACGCUCUCGAAUUAAACAAUGCAGAUAGAAUGAGGAAGUUUUCUGCAUAGGACAAAAUCACAUUACCACUUAGUUAACUGGAUCUCUGCACCUGUGUUAAGAAACGACAGUAAACAUAUACAUGUGACAUGGGUCAAUUGAAUUUUUUCUUAUUAUCAUUCACAACACUUGCCACAAAAUGCUUGGGGAAUUUCACCACUGUUUCACUGCAAAAUUGGUUUAUGGCGCAAAUGGUUUGCACAAGUGAAGGUAAAGUGUUACCUUCUGAACUCACCAAUGCAAUGUCUUCUAGUCAGUAUUACUGGACAGGAUAUCACAUUCGAAGAUCAAAUUGGAUUCAGAUCAUUGGUUGUUUUGAGGAGACUGAUGUUAAAAGGUUGACAAGAGCAUCUUACAGUUUUCAUUUUCCCUCUGCGGGUCUUUGUCAAGAAGUGUGCGUGAAUUCCAAUUCAUUGGUGUUUGGUUUAAAGUCUAAUGUAUGUGCUUGUCUGGAAAAAGCCCCUAGUCAAGGGAGAAAAGAGUUCCAUGAUUGCGAAUUUUCAUGUGAUAAGGAAUACUCCAACGAAACCAGCAUUAAAUUUCGAAAUGAUUGUGGAGGGUGUGAGACAUAUACCUUAUUUAAAACAGGCUCCUAUCCGGAAUCAUCUCCAUCACAAAAACACGAUUGUUUAUCUAUUCAAUGUGCCUUAAAGGACAACAGGUUGGUCGAGCAGAGAUGUACUAGUUUCAUCUACAAUAUAGUAUGUAAUACAACUGCUUAUCGACUUCCUGGAAAUUGGAGUGAAGCUGCAGAAUUAUGCAAAGAAGGUUUUGAUUCCUAUCUUCUUGGAAACGUAGAUCUUACUGAUAUUGAUCGAGCAUGUAGCAUCAUACAUGGACAAUUACAAGACCCAUCAUGGCUAGGCAUUGCAAAAGAAACCUACAUCAGUAUGGAUGGAGUGCAAGAUAAGAUUUCGAAGUUACUAAGCCUUCGUCCAGAAAGGUGCCUAAAAUGCAAUAGAGAGAAUUGUGUGUUUGCUGAUUGCUCUGAACACAACAACUUCAUGUGUCUGGAGAAGAAAAAGCUAAUUAUGACCCAAAUCAAUGGACGAUGUUCAGAGAAUUCAACGAGUGAUCAUGAUAAAGAGUCUGAACCGAAGCAAAAUGCAACGUUUGAAACUAGAGGCAAAGAUAGUUCAUCAAGCGUUAUAGCAGUCCCAGUGUGUCUUACUGUGUUGUUUCUGUUUAUUGGUGCAAUAGUGAUCGUAUUUUUUAUCAGGUGGAAGAAAAAUAAAGACUUGCAAAACAAGGAACAGUCACCUACAAAUAAAUUUAACUAUGCUGAUAACCCUGAAUAUUCCAAUGUUGAAAAACCUGCAGAGAGCAAUUACUGUGAACUUCAGCAACCUAACGCCAUCAAUUCGUUGGCAAACUACUCUCAACUUCAACUCGAGGGUGCUCAUAAUAAUGGUUAUUCUGAUUUACCUGAAAACAAUGCCGCCUCUGAUAAUUCUGCGAACGAUAUAUACGACAACAUGUAAUUUGCAAAAUUUGAUAAAAACAUGUUUGUAUAAUAUGAUUAAAUGUUAGUUAUCAAUCACUUUUGAUCAAGUGAACUGUAGUUAAACCCAAUGAUGACAAAAAGAGAAUUAUUUAUUCAAUUUGAUUUCUACAUCUAUUGCCCAAUUCAGCAAAUAAUUUUAUACCGUAUAUUUGGGGGUUUUUUUAAGUGUCACAAAAUUUGCGAAAAUGGGGGAAAUCUGUAACAUUUUAAAUUUGCGUCAGUCAUUUUUUGCAAUUUAAAACGUUUGUUAUAUUUAGAUAAGAUAACCACGAAAAUUACCGUAUAUACGGUAUGUAUUGCGUUACUACGUUUUGCUUGGUUGAUUUUAUAUAGAUAGAUAUAAUUUAUUUGGAAAACUUUGUUAAAUUGAAUGUUAAGUAAAUAUAAAAAUAUUGAACCUUAAGAAAACGGAGAAAAUAUUUUAAAAAGUUGUUUCAAUGAGCUUAACAGUUCAAAUUUACAUCAUCAAUAUAAUUCAAAUAUGAACUAUGUUUGAAAUGAAAUAGAAUUAGAAUUUUAAUCUUGCUGUACAAAUCUAAAAUUUGAUUAAAUUUUUUUAACAUUUGAUAAUCAAUAGUUAAUAAGCCUUUAAACAAAAAUUUAGAUAUUGUGUUGACAUUAAAAAGAUGCUUGAAUUUCUGAUAGACAACAUCUAUGUAGUUUUUGGAGACCAGGUCUUCUUACAAUCAGUCGGAAUUAUGUUAUUUACAUUAUUGACUGACUUAUUUUUAAAUUCAUAUUUUAUUAAAAAGCUUGUGCAAAAGAAGAAUGAACCACUUGUUGUGGUCUUUAACUCGACAUUUAUAUAUAUUGAUGUUGUUUUAUCCGUUAACAACAGUUACCUCCACUAUUACGUUAACUAUAUUCAUGUAUAUCCCAAGAGCUUGAAAUAAAUGGUAUUAAAGCAAAAAAAUCC